AUGUCUGGUAUAGGAGGUAAAGUAGUCCCAAAAUUUCGCGACGUGUUUCGAAUUCCGGACAAAGAGGUACUGCACUGGUUCCCUGGGCACAUGGGCAAAGGCCUAAAGCAAAUGCAAAAGCAAUUGGCAAUGGUUGAUUGUGUAAUAGAAGUACACGACGCUCGGAUACCGAUAUCGGGAAGAAACCCAAACUUUAGACAUACGGUUACCGGUUUGAAGCCGCAUAUAUUUGUUUUAAACAAAAAAGACUUGGCUGAUAGUAGCUACCAAGAUGCAGCGACAAAUUAUCUGCAGCAAGAGGGAUUCACUAAUAUAAUUUACACUAACUUUAAAGACCAAAAAUGUGAGGGAUUGAAAAAAAUUUUACCUUUGGCAACAAGUUUGAUAAAAGAUUCAAAUCGCUACAAUCGAACAAACAAAGAAGAUUAUGCAUUAAUGGUUAUUGGUGUGCCAAAUGUGGGAAAGUCGUCACUGAUUAACCGCCUGAGAAACAGAUACCUCCGUAAAUCGAACGCUACUAGUGUUGGUGCAAUAGCCGGUAUAACUCGAUCAGUAUUGACAAAAAUUAGAAUUAGCAAUAAUCCAUCCGUAUUUCUAUUAGAUACACCUGGCGUUUUAACACCUAAUGUGCCGAAUGCAGAAGCUGGUUUGAAAUUGGGUUUAGUGAGCUGUUUGAAGGAUCACUUAGUCGGACCAGAAAUAAUGGCUGAUUAUUUACUAUACUGGUUGAAUAAACAAAACAAAUUCGACUAUGUUGAAAAAUUAGGGAUACCAGAAGCAUGCGAUAACAUAAUGGAAGUCCUUUUAUUAACUGCAACAAAAUUAGGAAAAAAGAAAAAAUUUAAAAACUGGGAUGGUCAGAUUCUUAUAAAACCUGACACACAUGCAGCUGCUGAAUAUUUUUUAAAAACGUUCAGAAUCGGCGAACUUGGUCCUAUAUGUUUAGAUGCAGAUCUCCUUACAAAUUCAGAGUCACAGAACUUAGUAAAUUCUACAGGAAUACCAUAAAAAUACCAUAGUACUUUGAAUAUGCAAGAAAUUCAGUUACGAACAUAGAGCCUUACAGAAAAUGAGGAAAGUACUCCAUUGUGUUGAAGUUUCGCUGCCCAUAUAUCUUGCAAACACUGUCUCUUACAACAAAACUACUCGGAUCAGGAAAUAAAUGUGAGAACCGUAAAUCCGAGUGGUUUUCCCCCUAGACAAUCACUUCAGCGAGAACUUUUCGUCAAACGACAGUUGACUUCGGCGCCAUAAAUAUUUCAGGCUCGGCUAGGUGUAAAAAAUCGCGAAUGAAUCUGCUAAUCACAAAACUUUUUAUUUCUAUUUCCUUAAUCAAUGAGGCGAAACAAAGUUAUUCGAUUCGUAUGUAAUUAAUAAACGCACCUCUAUCAUAUUGAAUCAAUGACAGGCAAUAGAUAGGGUCUGACAAUAAAUCAUGGCUUUCAUAAUGGGAAAUAAAUUCAUAAAUCUUGAAGCCUAAGUGUAAUAUAAUUACUUUUUAAGUGGGUCUUUCCUCGUGUUGUGUACAUAAUGUGAAUAAAUGGAUCUUCACGCCACAAAAA